AUGGCCGCAAAGCAGGAAGUCGUCCACGUCAAGUCCUCCUCGGAGCUCCAGUCCCUCUUCAGCUCGACCACCUACGUCGCCCUCGACUUCUACGCCGACUGGUGCGGGCCCUGUAAGACCAUCUCCCCCUUCUACGCCCAGCUGUCCGACAAGCACGCCGUCCCGGGCCAGCUCGCCUUCGCCAAGGUCAACGUCGACCACGCCCAGGACGUCGCGAGGCAGUACGGCGUCACCGCCAUGCCCACCUUCCUCUUCUUCAAGGACGGGAAGCAAGUCGCCGUCAACGGGCAGGCCGCCAUCCGCGGCGCCGACGUCCGCUCGCUGACCGCCGCCGCUGAUAAGCUCGGCGGGCUGGCCAAGAAGAGGGCUGCCGAGGCGUGA